AUGUAUAGUUCAAUAGAAGGAUUGAAAACCGAUACAGUUCUAACAACUAAAGAAAAACGAUCUGCAGAAUUCUUACCGGAAAGUAAAGAAUAUGGAGAAGAAUUGUAUAAUAAAGACAGUACGUCGUUUAUGCCUUUGAGAGGAAACAAGCCCGGAGAUAUCAAUAUGGAAGAAAAGAGAGCAUUCUAUGCCAUGAGAGGUAAAAAGGAUGAUUUUAAGAGGUCAUUUUUCGCAGGUACGGAUAACGACAAGAAGGAUUUCAAUAAGCAUGAUACCGAAGAAAAAAGAGCAUUCUAUGCGAUGAGAGGAAAGAAAGAUCUGAAUGACGAAUUCGAUGAGGAUAAGAGAGCAUUCUAUGCUAUGAGAGGUAAAAAAGAUGAUUUAAAAAGAGCUUUCUACGCUAUGAGGGGGAAGAAAGAUUUAGAUGAAUUGGAACAGGAUAAGAGAGCCUUUUACGCAAUGAGAGGUAAAAAGGAUGAUUUUAAUAAAAGAGCAUUCUAUGCCAUGAGAGGUAAGAAAGAUGACAAGGAUGAAGAUAAGAGAGCUUUUUAUGCUAUGAGAGGAAAAAAAGAUUAUUAUGAUGAAAACAAAAGGGCGUUUUAUGCAAUGAGAGGUAAAAAAGACGUAGAUGAUUUUAUCGAUGAUAUGAGACACGCUUACAUUCUUCAUCAAGAUGAUGAAUUGGAUGAUGAAAUUAAAAGGGCAGCAUUGAUACCAAUGAGAGGAAAAAGAAAUGCUCAUCAUUUGGAUCUAAAAGAAACACCAGAUGAAAAAUUUGAUUCAAGACAUCGGACAGUUUGA